GCAGACGCUUGUGUGUAGUCACAGGCCUCGAGGUCCAUUUCGUCAACAAGCGCCCCCAUCAGAAAUGAGGGUCUUCUUGGUUUGUGUGGUGCUCACCACUGUGACUGCGGUCUGUCCCGCUGACUCCAGCUGCAGCACCCGCCGUUCACUGCAAAGCACCACCGGCCCUUCAGGCACUGCAGCUCCCCUUGAGAGCAUCUGGAAUGUGAGCAGGACGACAAGAACACACGCGACAUGCACUGUAAUGGUCCUUGUUCAUUGCAGGCAACCAAGGCCGUCAAGGACAUGAUCAAGACCAAAAUCACCGGCCUGAGUCGCCUGGCAGGGCAUUCCCACACCCACAGCCACGGCCGCCGCGCUCGGCGGCUGUCGGUCCCACAAACUUUGGCGAACGAUGCGGCGCCGGCCAAGGACGCCCUCGGCCGCAUUCGCAACAUGACCAAAGCCCUCGUCAAUUCCGCCAAGGGCGCGCUGAAGGGGUCAUCGGAUGGCAGACGUAGGAGGCUGCAGAUCCCGCAGGGCCCAAACCCACUGCUCUCGAUACAGAACGAGACGCAGAGUGUCAAGGACAUCAUCAAGAGCAGGCUGGGAGGAUUGGGGCGGAGAAUGCAGGAGACAGCCUUCUCUGACAAGUAUCUGGAUUCGCUUAACCUGACAGAGGCCGUUAAGGAGCAGAUCAGGAGCAGGGUGCCCUUCACGAGACGUCGAUUGCAGUUCUCUGACGAGGACUUGGAUGUCCUGAACCUGACAGAGGCCGUUAAGGAGCAGAUCAGGGGCAAGGCGCCCUUCACGAGACGUCGACAGCUGCAGAGCAGCAACGCAACCACCACCACUACAGCGACGCCAGCAACCACCGAAGCUCCCGAAGCCACAACGAAUGAUGGCCCCUGCCAGAGCCCUUGUGAGUCAGCGCCAACGAAUCCACAUGCCCGCCGUGUACGUGACUUUGUCGGUGUGUGUGCGUCCAUACAGGCACGAGCAAGCAGUGGGGCGAUUGUGUCGUCAAGCCAGCUGACUUCGCGGCGGAGAUCGACAUGCUGGCUGGUGCUGACCUCCGCGCGAUCGCCAACCAGACAGCGUAUUGUCGGCACUUCACUUCUCGCGACUGCCCGGAGAGCACAGGAGACUGCGAAUACAACAAAGACGACGAAUGUAAGCCGAUUCCCGCAGGCAUGGGAAAAACACAGACCUGUCUCUCUGUGCGUCGUCCCUUGUCCUGUUGGCUGUCAGCCCGCGAUGCUUCGGACAAGUACCUCGACCCGUUCUGGGGACCGGCCACGUGUCGGCCCACCAUAGACUGCGGCAUCCACGGCGACGAUGACAAAACCGCGUGUGAGGCCAUUUCGGGCUGCAAGUGGCACGGACACGAGGGCAGCGACAGCGGCGAGGGCGACUGCAGGGCAGAGUGGACAAGCGCUUACGAGGACAAGCUCGUGGGCGAGGCAGCCGUGUGCAAGCAGUUUGUGCCGCUUUUCUACUGCGAGUCGCUGCCAAAGGCCGAGUGCGACGCGGACCAAAGUAAGUGAGCCUGCCUGCGGGACAUAUGUCUCCAUGUCUACGUGCAUGUGCCAUCCAGAUUGCGAGUAUCGGGCCUGGGGUGAGGAUGGCGAGUGUGCUGUGAAGGACUCGGUUGAGGAAGCCCUGGAGCGAGAGAUGGAUGACAUCAGCGACCUCUCCAUGUGCGGCCCUCACGUGCGUUGCCGCCACAUCGGCCUCUCGCUCCAGGAGACCUGCGAGGCGGACCUCGCCUGCGGCUGGUAUGCCUUCGGCCCCGACGCACCUGGCUUGGGGGUCUGCUUCGCACACCCGGCGGUGCUCGUUGCCCAUCCUGACUUUGUGGACUUGUCGACGGACGCUUGCAAGGCCAAAUAUGGCUUCCAUGCAGUGCCCUGGAACUGCAUGUACCAGAGUGCUAUGGCGAAUGAUGGGGGGAAGACUUGCUAUGCUGACGGCGCGUGCACUCUCCUCUGCGAGGAGUGGACCAGUGGGGGCCUCUCGUCGUGCACGGCCAAUGGUAAAUGAGUACAACUGAUGGAUGGAUGACCCAAUACAGCCUCUCGCUCACUGUCAUUGCCGCUCCACCCACAGAGACUUAUCUGUACCCCAUGCUCUUCGGCGAGGAAUUCUACAAAGCACGUACGUCACCCAUAGGGCACGGAGACAUCAUGACACGGAUACGUCCUUCCUCCCUUCGUUGGCCCUUCCCUUUAUGUGUGCUGCAGUCGACAUGGUCGACCGAAUGGACGCAUGCCAGUCUCAAGUUGACGACCAAGCCACGUCUCCAUACGAAGAAGAGGUGACCACCGCGACCUGGCUGACCCAGGAGCAACAGUUCAAAGAGAAAUGCCCCAACAUGAUCGACCCCCGCACCGUGACAGUUGACACUUCGAGUGACCCACUCCCCGACACCAUCGCACGGGCACAGACCGCCGCCGCCUUCGAGCCACCCAGCAAGUGCCUCCAGGCGAAUGGGUGCAAGGCCCUCGAGAGCGGGGCUUGCGUGCCUGAUGCCGCCAACUUCACGAGUCGCGUGAACGCUCUGAGCGACAGUGCCAAGGAUUUCUUGCUGAAAGGCUUGGAGUGUGCGAACAUUGAGACGGAGGGAUCGUGCACGGGGGACUGCCAAUGGGUGGGGACCUCGUGCAACAUGAAGGAUGACGUGGCCAUGAAGCUGGUCAGCAUUCCCCUUCCACAGAGAGACGGAGAGAUACAGCCCAUUUCUUGUCGCUCCCAUUGUGUGCAGCUGUACGGUGUGGACUCGUGUGGUCCCGGUACACAGAGAAGCAAUCGACCAAGCAAACUGAGCACGAGCAGCAAUGAAGGUGGUGAUCGUUCUGUUUUGCAGGGUUGGACUGCAUCACGGCGCAGACCAAGGAUACAUGCCUCGCGACACCCGAGUGCCACUGGGACGAGUCGGACCAAGAGUGUGAAAUCAGCUGGAGCGCUAUGAGAGACGCGGCAAUCGGGACCGACGGGAAGUGCGAGAAAUACGCCCCCCUGGUUGAAUGCGGCAGGCUGACGGCGGCUCAGUGCAACGCCACGAUAGGCUGCGAGUACAAGAGCUAUGGCGGCGAUGGCUGGGAGUGCGAAGCGGUGGCCAUGUCGGGAAGGGGAACAGGGCGGAUGGUUGACGAUGUUCUUUUGUGGGUUGAAUUGCAGAGAGAGGACCUGAGACGCCAGCUGGAGAAAGAGUACAAGAAGGAGGAGCCUUCGGAUCUUCGCACAUGCGGCCCAGAAGUGCGGUGCCACACAAUGGCCAACGACAAGGUGAGUGGGUCCGAGUGUCCGUGUGGGUAGCUCCAUGUCAGUGUCUCGCGAUGGGUGUGUGUGGCAGAGUCUGUGCAACCGUGACAAGGGAUGCUUCCACAUCGACUGGUGGUGUGGCUACUGCGGUGCCUCGCCUGUGGUCAGCCACUCAUGCCACUCAUGCCAAGGACUGGGAAAAGGAAUAGGGAGACAUUCAUUUGUGACUCUCCGUGAAUGUGAUGCAGGCCAUGUUCGGCUACCCAGGCCUAUUCCACCUCUCCAAUUCUGGCUGCAAGCGUCUGCUGGGCAUGUUCAUGCUGCCCGGACAGUGCGCCGUCGAGGUGAGACAUGCACGCCACUUACAUGGACAGGCAGACCGACGGACACAGAGAGAGAGACGCUCUCUCUUUGGCAUGCUGUCAGCACUAUCUCGCCGAGGACGAUGGAAAGACGUGUUUGUCAAAUGGAGCCUGUGAACUCUGGUGCAGCGGCCACUCCAACGAGACCGAAUGCAGAGCCAACAGUAAGUGACCAAGACAAAGAGGAGAGAGAAGACCAUGCAGGCACCCACUCAUGUGCUCCUACAUGCAGCCACGGCGAUAGGGGAGAACCUUCUGCGCCUCUCGGCAGCCGCCGAGGACCUCUACGAGCAGAUGGUGGCCUGCGGUGAGGCCUAUGAAUCCGAGGAAGAGCAGUGGUGGGACAGCUGGCAGGAUCCUAAGAUGAUUCUCAUUAACACGGCCAACACCACUGAGCUGGAGCGCGCCGUCGACUAUUGCGGCACCCUCACCGACCCCAACACCGUCACGCAGAGCACGUAUGAGCAGUCCUUGACGUCGACUGUGAAUGCCGCAUCGGAUGCCGGGACUUAUACGCCAACGGCAGAAUCGAUGAAGUGCUGAUACUUGAUGCUGGCAUGACUAUGUUCGUAGCCACCUGGCCAUUGCAAUUGUAGCUAGUUGACUGUCUGGACCGUCCGUCUUCUUUGUA